GGGAAGUGGAAGAGAGAGAGAAGGAAGGAGUCAAGCUACCAGUCGAGCAGGUCCCUGAGCCCGUCUAUAAAAGGAGAAUGAGACACAGGGAUAGCCCAGGUGUGACAGGGAACAGGGAGAGACGGGCACAGCUUUUCCACUCUGCAGGAUUAGUCACCAACUUCACCCAGGCAACUUUCCUCUAAGGAGCAUCUGCCUGUCUGUGAUAAAUCCUCCGGCCAGAGAUUUGGCUGCAUCCAAGACCCCAGCACCGAUCUACUGCUUCCCCAUCACCAUGGAGGCUUCUCUUGUUGUCUGCAUCCUCGCUGCUCUCCUGGCUACGGGGUCCUGUCUGCAGUGUGAGGUUUGCGAUGGACCAGGGAACAACUGCACGGGCAGCAUGCAGACCUGCGCCGCUGGGGAAGACUCUUGUGCCUUCGUUCUUACCGAAGUCAUAGUAGUGGGAAUUAAGACCCAAAGCAUUCUCAAGGGCUGCGUGACAUCCAGCCAAUGUAAAGCCGGUCCCAUCUCUAUGAAUUUUGGGAAUGAAGUGACAUCAAGGUCGAGUAUCACCUGCUGCGUGGGAGACGCCUGCAGAACAGUCAAUGUUACACUGCCCCCGGCUGACACCAAACCCAACGGCCGGAGCUGCCUUGGCUGCUUCGCUCUGACCACUGAACACUGCCUUGAAGAGACCAUAGAGUGUACGGGAGUCGAGACCCAAUGUAUUGAUACCAUUGGGAUUGUAACAAUUGUUGGAAGCCCAACGCAGAUGGUCAUGAAGGGCUGCGUUUCCGAGUCCAUGUGCCUCCACCUAAACGUGGGUUUGUCAGCCGUCGCAGGGAUCAGUUCGAAUCUAACCACAAACAAAUGCACAGUGGCCUCCGGCACGGUGGGUGUGGCUCCGGGACCAGCCGGGCUCCUCCUCCCGGCCCUCACUGGGCUCCUCCUCCUGUCUGUGAUAAAUCCCCUGGCCAGAGAUUUGGCUGCAUCAGAGACCCCAGUGCCGAUCUACUGUUUCCCCAUCACCAUGGAGGCUUCUCUUGCCUUCUGCAUCCUUGCUGCUUUCCUGGCUACAGGGGCCUGUCUGCAGUGUGAGGUUUGCUUUGGCCUAGGAGUGAGCUGCAGAGGCGACCUACAGACCUGCGCGGCUGGGGAAGACUCCUGUGGGGUCGCGCUGACCGAAUCCACGCUGGUGCCCCCGGCUAACACCAAACCCAACGGCCGGCACUGCCCAGCCUGCGUCGCUGUGUUUACUGAUCAGUGCAGUGAGAAGACCAUACAGUGCACUGGAGACGAGACCCGAUGUGUCAACAUCGUCGAGACUCUAACAAUUGGUGGAAAUCCAGUGCAGAUGGUCAUGAAGGGCUGUGCUUCCGAGUCCGUCUGCGCCCAGAUAAAAUUGGGUUCGGGGACCUUCGCAGGCAUCAGUGCAGAUCUAACCACGGCCAAAUGCACAGCGGCCUCCCCGCGGUGGAGCCAACAGAUGCAAUUCUUGGUCAGAGUUUCCAGGAAUUUGCAUAAACGAGCAUUUGGCAAGUGCUCCGACUUCUGCAUUCAUGGUUGGAUCUUCCCGAAAAUCCGUAUGCCCAUUCUCAGAACAAAGUCAUUUAAGACAGCAGCCUUCCAGCUGGAGUAUUUGCGGUUUGUCUCUGACUGCUCCAGGUGGACGCUGCGAACAUACCAGCCACGAAGCACAACUGUGAUCAAUCCCCUGGCCGCAGAUUUGGUUGCAUCACAGACCACAGUGCCGAUCUACUGCUUCCCCCUGACCAUGGAGGCUUCUCUUGCCGUCUGCAUCCUCGCUGCUCUCCUGGCUACGGGGGCCUGUCUGCAGUGUGAGGUUUGCGAUGAACCAGGAACCAGCUGCUCGGGCGACCUACAGACCUGCGAUGUUGGGCAAGACACUUGUGGCAUUGCUUGGACAGACUCCACAUGGGUGGGAAGCAAGACUCAGACAGUUAUCAAAAAGUGUGUGUCCUCCGACCUGUGUAAAGCCAGCCCCUUCUCUGCAAAUUUUGGUGAUGCAAUGACAAGGACAAGCUUCAAAUGCUGCAUGGGAAAUGCCUGCAGAACCAAUAUUACAGUGCCCCCGGCUGACACCAAACCCAACGGCCGGCGCUGCCCUGGCUGCUACGCGGUGAACGCUGAUCAUUGCAAUGAGCAAACCAUAAAUUGUACUGGAUCCGAGACCCAGUGUAUUGAUGCCACCGCGACCAUAAUAAUUGAUGGACAUGAAAAGCAGACUGUCAUGAAGGGUUGCGCUUCCGAGUCCAUCUGCAUCAUGGCACAAGUGGCUUCGCAGAUGUUCACAGAUAUCAGUGUAGAUCUAACUGAGGUCGAAUGCACAGAGGCCUCCGGCGCGGCGAGCAUGGCUCUGGGACCAGCUGGGCGCCUCCUCCCAGCCCUCGCGGGGCUUCUCCUGCUAAAGCUUCUCUCCUGAUUCCCCACCUGGGGCAAUGGCCACACCGCACUGAAAUCCACCCUGCAGCCUGCAUUAGCUGCUCUCCCCCACAGGGGUUCUCGGCUCUCAGAUGGACUCACGUCCCCUUGAUAGUGUUGCACUGAAUAAAACAAAC